ACGUCACCACUACAACACGCAAUUCAAUUUCAAUUUCAAUUUUAAUUCUUCUUCUUCGUCUCCCGAAUACCGAAUCCUACGCCUCACCAUGUGCACGUUAGAGAAGCGCGGCAACCUCUUCCUCCUAACCCUAACCGGCGACAACGAGCACAGAUUCAACCCCGACGCGAUCGCCACCAUCCUCUCCCUUCUCGGUCAAGCCAAAUCUCAAGCCAAGCGUGGAUCCGUACUCAUCACCACCGGCCACGGAAAGUUCUUCUCCAACGGAUUCGAUCUCGCAUGGGCCCAAGCCUCCGGAUCCUUAACCGGAGCCGCCGAACGGCUUCACCAGAUGGUGGAAUCGUUCAAACCGGUGGUUGCGGCGCUCCUCGAUCUCCCUAUGCCGACGAUCGCCGCCUUGAACGGCCACGCCGCCGCCGCGGGGAUGAUGCUUGCGCUGAGCCACGACUAUAUUUUCAUGAGGAAAGACCGUGGGGUCCUGUACAUGAGCGAGGUGGACAUCGGGCUUUCCAUGCCGGACUACUUCGCGGCGAUGGUGAGGUCUAAGAUCGGGACGAGCGCGGCGAGGCGGGAGGUUUUGUUGAGCGGGAAGAAGAUUAGAGGAGAAGAAGCGGUGGCUUUGGGGAUCGUUGACUCGGCGGCGCAUGAUAGUGCGGAAGGAGUUGUGGAGGCUACUGUGAGCCUUGCGGAGAAACUCGCGGCCAAGAAAUGGAACGGUGAUGUGUAUGCGUCGAUCAGGAAGAGUUUGUAUCCGGAGCUUUGUGAGAUUCUUGGUUUAAAGGCUACAAUCUUUGCAACACCAAAGCUCUGAAGACUCUUUUGAAUGCGAUUGUUUUUUGUUUUAAUCAAAACCAGUUUCCUUAUGGGGCAAAACACAUGUUGAAGAUAAAAUUAUGAUCACGGAGACAAGAAAGAUGUUCAGUUUUUUUUGUCUCUAAUAAUAAAUUACCCGUGUUGUUUUCGGACAAGCAAUGAUUUGUGUUCUUUUCAGCAACAUAUCUUCCAAUUAAGUUC